CUACAGGCUAACGUAAUGGAAGGGCUACGUAAAUGCAUUCGCCCGUCAUGGUGGCACCGCAAGAAGCUGCAACCAUGACAACCAAGAUGGUGUUCGCCCAGCCGCAGCCUGUCCUGGACGCCAGAGAGUCUGAUGAGUGGACGUCGGGUAUAUGCGACUGCUGUGACAACAAGCCUCAAUGUUGUUUCGCUUUUUGGUGUUGCCCAUGCUUCGCCUGCGUAAAAACGCGAAAGUAUGGCCAGUGUUUAUGCCUCCCCCUUCUGGACAUCUUUGGCCCCGCCCACCCUGCUACACUUGCGAUGAGGGUCUCAAUGCGCCAUCGCUAUGGCAUAAAGGGCACCAUAUGUAAAGAUUGUGCGAUUGCCACAUUCUGUACUGCCUGUGCAUGGUGUCAGAUGGCUCGAGAGAUGGACAGUCGCGCCAUCCCCAUCGCCCUUGUCGGGACGCGACCCACCCAGUAACUGCCUAAAGUGCUCAUUAGGAAAUAUGGAGUCCCAAUCUUGAAGCUUUUUAUAUGGAAGUGUUUCCCUUGAUUUAUCCUGAUUUCCCAUGUCUGUCAGUGUUUGUUCUACGUUUUAUCCAUGCUAACCUUUCUGAUACGGGUAAUUGUCUCAGAGUUCUAUGAACUUUGACUUAGUAUUGUCCCAUAUUUAUCCAAUAUUUGCAUAAUUAAUGUUUUGAUCACUGUUCUAUUUGUGUUUCUGUUUGAGAGGUUUAUG